CCGUCGAGCCCGAUCCCGGAAGCGGCGGCCUUUGGGAUGCACCCGGCAGCGGGGUUGGGCGACGGCUGCUGCUGCUGCUGCUCGGAUUGGCCGCCGGCCGCAGGAGAGGAAGGUGGGCACCGGCGGCGGCGGCGGGCUUGUAGGGUGAUGUUGGCCGUCGGGUCAUGCUGCUGAAGCUCCUGCAGAGACAGACCUAUACCUGCCUCUCCCACAGGUAUGGGCCUUGCCUUUGCCUCGGAGGCAUCGUCCUCAUGAUCGUCUCUGCCCUGCAGUUCGGAGAGGUUGUUCUAGAGUGGAGUCGGGACCAGUAUCAUGUUUUGUUUGACUCUUAUAGAGACAACGUUGCUGGGAAAUCAUUUCAGAACAGGCUUUGCUUGCCAAUGCCUAUUGAUGUGGUGUACACCUGGGUGAAUGGCACAGAUGUUGAGCUGAUCAGGGAACUGCAGCAAGUGAGGAAACAGAUGGAGGAAGAACAGAGAAUGAUGAGGGAAAUUCUUGGAAAGAAUACAACUGAACCAACUAAGAAAAGUGAGAAGCAACUGGAGUGUUUACUGACACAUUGCAUAAAAGUGCCAAUGCUCGUCUUGGAUCCAGCUUUGCGGAGCAACAUCACUCUUAAGGAUCUGCCCUCUGUCUAUCCCCUACUGAGAUCUGCCAACAAUAUAUUCCUGGUUGCCAAGCCAAAGAACCCUUCCACCAACGUUACUGUAGUUGUUUUUGACAGUUCUAAAGAAGCCGAAGAUGCCCAUUCUCAGAUGUUAAAGGAAAGCAGCAAGCAAGCAGUGUGGAGAGGCUAUUUGACUACAGACAAAGAAGUUCCUGGUUUAGUAAUAAUGCAAGACUUGGUUUUCCUCAAAGGAUUUCCACUUACAUUCAAAGAGACAAAUCAACUAAGAGCAAAACUGCCCGACAACCUUGCUUCCAAGAUAAAGCAGUUGCAGCUUUAUUCGGAAGCUGGCGUAGCUCUCUUGCAACUGAAUAACCCUAAGGAUUUCCAAGAGCUGAUCAACCAAGCUAAGAAGAACAUGACUAUAGAAGGGAAAGAACUGACGCUUAAUCCUGCUUAUUUAUUAUGGGAUCUCAGUGCCAUCAGCCAGUCUAAACAGGAUGAAGAUGUUUCAGCCAGCCGUUUUGAAGACAAUGAAGAGCUGCGGUAUUCACUGCGAUCAAUAGAGAGGCAUGCUCCCUGGGUACGACACAUCUUCAUAGCCACCAAUGGGCAGAUUCCUUCCUGGCUUAAUUUGGAUAACCCCCGGAUAUCUAUAGUAACUCAUCAGGAGAUAUUUCAGAAUUUGAGUCACCUACCCACUUUUAGUUCUCCUGCCAUUGAAAGCCACAUUCAUCGCAUUUCAGGUCUGUCCCAGAAGUUCAUUUAUUUAAAUGAUGAUGUGAUGUUUGGAAAGGAUGUGUGGCCUGAUGAUUUCUUUAGUCACUCCAAGGGUCAAAAGGUUUACUUGACUUGGCCUGUUCCAAACUGUGCUGAAGGAUGCCCUGGUUCGUGGAUCAAAGAUGGCUACUGUGAUAAAGCCUGUAACAAUUCUGCUUGUGAUUGGGAUGGUGGUGACUGCAUUGGUAGUAGUAUCGGUAACCGUUAUGGUGCAGGUGGUGGAGCUGGUGUCGGUGUCGGGAAUGUCGCUCCCUGGCAGUUUGGGGCAGGAAUAAGUGGAGUUUCUUACUGCAACCAAGGCUGUGCAAACUCAUGGCUGGCUGAUAAAUUCUGCGACCAGGCAUGCAACGUCCUUUCUUGUGGAUUUGACGCUGGCGACUGUGGACAAGAUCACUUUGAUGAGCUGUACAAAGUGACUCUUCAAAAGAACCAGACUCACUAUGUCAUUCCAAAAGGCGAAUAUUUGCCCUUUUUCAGUUUUGCUGGAAUAGCUAAGAAAGGGCUUGAUGGCGCCUAUAGUGAUAACCCAAUAAUCCGCCAUGCUUCCAUCGCUAACAAAUGGAAGACCAUCCACCUGAUAAUGCACAGCGGAAUGAAUGCAACUGUGAUCCACUUCAACCUUACAUUUCAAGGUAAAGAGGAUGAAGAGUUCAAGAUGCAGAUCACCCUGGAAGUUGAUACAAGAGAAGAGCCAAAAGUAAACACAACGUCUACCCAGAAACCUGAAGGUGAUGCAAAAGCUGCAACUUUGGUGCCAGAAGCUGAAAUGAUAUUUGAGGAUAUCCCCGAAGAAGAACGUUUCCCAAGAAUCAGAAGCCACCCAAAUGGCACAACAGAGAAUCUGGACGGGGACAUAGUAAUUCAACUGCUUAACAUUUCUGCCCUUCCGGAAGAUGUGAGGCUGGCCCUACAGAACCUAGAUGUGCAGCUAGCUAUUGGUGACAUCACACAGAAAGGGUACAAUCUGUCUAAGGCGGCUCUCCUGAAAUCCUUAGGGAUGGUACCAGCAACAACGAGGGCUGCAUUAAACAAUUCCCAGAAGAUAAGGGGAAAGGAAGCAGUUGACGGCUUGGAAAAUGGGAAGAAUCACACGAUUUGGCAGAAACCUGACCAAGAUGCCAGGGAUGGCGGAAGAGCUGUAGAAAGAAGAAUGCAUGAUACUUUUCCACUGGAGUUCAAACAAGUAAAUACUACUCCAGUGGCUAUGAAGGUGAACAGCCAUUUCCCGCUAAGACACGGCUCUGUGGUAAAAUCUAAAUCUGUACCUUUAACCCAGAAUACGGGUGAGCGACUUGAAUCUCCAGAGAAAAUCCUAAAUGUCCUUGUACAGAAAGAAGCUCAGAAGACAAAAGAAAUGAGGGAAGGAAAAACUGCAGGGAGAAAAAAGGAAGAGGCGGGUGCCAUGGAGGACGUAGCCGAAAGUCAAGGCUUACCACGAAGGAAAUUGCAGCAUUACACUGGAAAUUACCGAGGCUUUUUGCCAUGGGAGAAACAGAAAUACUUCCAAGACCUUCUUGAUGAAGAAGAAGCGUUAAGGAGGGAGAUGGCUUAUUUCACAGAUAGUAAACUGGUUGGAAGGCAGCUGAAAGACACAUUUGCCGAUUCUCUCAGAUACGUAAACAAGCUUUUAAACAGCAAAUUCGGAUUCACGUCUCGCAAAGUCCCUGCUCAUAUGCCUCACAUGAUUGACAGAAAAGUCAUGCAAGAACUGCAGGAUCUGUUUCCUGCGGAAUUUGACAAGACCUCCUUCCACAAAGUGCGGCACUCCGAAGAUAUGCAGUUUGCCUUUUCAUAUUUCUACUAUCUCAUGAGUGCAGUUCAGCCACUGAACAUUUCCCAGGUUUUUGAUGAAGUUGAUACGGAUCGGUCUGGGAUUUUAUCUGACCGGGAGAUUCGUACAUUGGCCACAAGAAUUCAUGAACUCCCUCUAAGCUUGCAGGAUUUGACAGGUCUGGAGCAAAUGCUAAUAAAUUGUUCUAAAUCCCUUCCAUUCAAUAUCACUCGGAUUCACAACAUACCACCAACUCAGGAGGCAUAUUAUGACCCCAAUCUGCCCCCAGUGACAAAAAAUCUGCUAACCAACUGCAAGCUUGUGACUGACAGAAUUCAUAAAACGUAUAAGGACAAAAACAAAUACAGGUUUGAAAUCAUGGGAGAGGAGGAAGUUGCCUUCAAAAUGAUCCGCACCAAUGUUUCUCAUGUAGUCGGACAGCUUGAUGACAUACGAAAAAAUCCCAGAAAAUUUGUUUGCCUCAACGACAACAUUGAUCACAAUCAUAAGGAUGCUCAGACAGUAAAGGCAGUGCUUAGGGAUUUCUAUGAAUCAAUGUUUCCCAUACCAUCCCAAUUUGAGCUGCCCAGAGAGUAUCGGAAUCGUUUUCUUCACACCCAGGAGCUUCAAGAAUGGAGGGCCUACAGAGACAAGCUGAAGUUCUGGACGCAUUGUGUGUUAGUGACGUUGAUUGUGUUCACUGUCACCUCGUUUUUUGCUGAGCAGUUAAUAGCCUUCAAACGAAAGUUCUUUCCAAGGAGAAGGAUUCAAAAAGAAGUUUGCCCUGAAAGGAUGAAGGUCUAGAAGACUUCUGUUGUAAAUCAGUCUACCUCAACAUGUGAUGAGCAUGUACAAUGUUUCGUCUCAGAAGUGUCUUGAUAGUUGUGUGCCGGGCAUGAACAGAAGUGUCACCAUCCAUUACAGCUUUUGUGGCUCUGUGUAUGACACCUAUGCUACUGAACAGCCAGAGAAUUGGGCCCCUAGGAGGAUCGGUGAGGUUCUGGAUCCAGAAGACCCAAAGCCACCAGUGCCCAACCCUAUUUUGUGACAUUAGCACUUGCUACUGCCAGUGCGGGGAAGCUGCUGGUAGUAGCUUUCCAUGUACUUGGCUGAAGCUGGGACCAGUGCAGGCUUGGCAGAGAGGCAAAUAUUCACCAUCCUAACCAUUGCCCAGCUAUCAGCAUAAGAGGGGAUGUUUUAGGAAUGUGCUCUUACAGACAGUGUGAGGAAGGGUUGUGUUGCCAGCUCUCAGACGGUUGCAAUUCACAAACAUAAUUUCCAGAGUGCAUUAUCCUUUUUUAUAAAAAGGGUUACUGAAAGAAACAUAGCUGCAUUUGUUGCAGUAGCCUUUGCCAACUAAAUAAUAAUGUUGGAUAUAGAAUCUUCUGUUAGAUGUGUCCUUGAGCUUGCAUCCCAAGGCAUUUGGUGUGCCAUUGACCGUUCAGUCAGUUAACCUUUCCCUCUAUGUUUUGAACAGUAAAGCACAGCUGUAAACUUGCCUCUUGAGUACAUGGAGGGCAGGAUAUGAACUGACUCCCACAACACUCCAUUGUAACUGCCACCUACACAAUUUCUCAGGCCUUGUUAUGUUAUAUAUUCCCCAUGGUAGCCAGUCCAUUGAACAUAGGGCUUACCAUGUUUGUUGUUCCUCAGGCUCCUGACCAAUAGGCUACUUUGAAAGAGCAGGACGAGAGCUCCACACGGAAAGCAUAAGAGAGAAUGAGCUUCUGGGAGUUUCUAGGAAAGUCCAGGUAUCCCUGUUAACACAAAUCCCUGAUUGGAAUAGCAGCAGCUUGAUGUGAGGAUAGCCCUAACGUAGAUCUUUUGAGCAGCUGUGCAUCCAUUUCUUCAUGUGCAGAGGAACAGGAUAGUAGCCUUCAUGUCUGUCCCCACCCCCAUUAAGGUACCCUCUUCAUUUUGUAAAGUAUAUCUAGUUUAAAUAUAAGGCGGAUUCAUCUAUAGAAUGAAGGAUUAGAAUGAUGAAGUCCUAUUUGCUAUAUUGUUCUGCUGCUAGACUAUGAAAAAAUGGUAUUUAAAUACAUUUGAUUCUUUUCUUUGUAUAAUGCCUUUAUUGAUCAAAAUAUAAACUGCAGCUCAAUCUACUCCAUUCAGUUUCUAGAAACACUAGUAAGAAUUGUACGUCUAAUUAAAAAAAUUAGUGCUAUAAACAAAAGGGGCUUGGCUGCAUUAUGUGUACAAGCAGUGUAUAUUUAGCAGCAAAAGUGCCUCUCCAUAUAAGUUUUCAAUACUUUGUAUUGUUUUAACGGUAUAACUAAGAGCAUGACACUCAGCCAUUUUUUCAUAUCAAGCAUUCAUUUUCAAAAAUUCAGACAUACAAAUAGUCUAGUGAUCUGCCCUAUUAUGUCAAAACAAAUCUCAGACCAGGAAAAGAAAAGGAAUUUUUGUCCCAAACAGAUUAUUUUAAAAGAAAUGUCUUUAAUCAUGAUAUUAACAACUUUUCAGGAUUAUAAUCACCUCAGUAAUUAUUUUAUCAUGAAGAUGGGGAAUUUUCAGUGUACAUGUGCUGUAAAAUAUAUGCUUUCUUUUAACAGAUGUUUUUGAUUUAAAAAUGUUAUAUUGUGUGUGUCAAGAAAAAUGAUCAAGUAUUUAAUGCUCUGAAAAGUGGUUAAGUAUUUUUAAAUCAAAAAGGCACCUUAUUCUUUAUCAAGUGCAUACACCUAAUUUUUAAAGAAAUAAAUCUAGUUUAGCUUCUUUAAAUGCUACUUGUUUUGCCUGUCUUAAAAAGCAAAGCUUCAUUUCACAAUAAACUUUAAAUCAGCAAUUGCA